AUGGCGGAAAUCUUAGAUAUAAAAAAAUCAAUUAUUUUUGAUGAGUCUAUUGCACACUGUGAAGCUCAUUCACACCUACCAUACGCAUCAUCAACGUUCAACAACAGUGAUGAAAUCAGGAUUGCUGUUCAGCAUCAAGAUCUGUGCUUGCUCCCAAGCAAGAGCACAUUACAUUUUUAUGGAAGAAUGAGGAAAGCUGAUGGUACUGCUAAAUUGACAGAUGUAAGAAUGUGUAUCACCAGUGUUAUGAAAGGAUACGCUUCUCUGAGUCCGGGACAACAAAAUAUUCUGGAAAAUGCUGGUUGGAUUGUUAAUGAAGAUGACAACAAGCUGACUGAUAAUAGCGGUUACUUUGAUGUCUCAGUACCGCUGAGUUUCAUUCUUGGAUUUGCUGAAGAUUAUCAACGAAUUAUCGUGAAUGCCAAGCAUGAAUUGAUACUGAUCAGAUCAAACACUGAUCAAAAUGCUUACGUUGUUACCGCUGCAGCACCUGACAAUGUUACAAUUACAAUCCAAAAAAUUGAGUGGAUUGUACCGUAUAUAACAAUGUCUGACAAGCAAAAAAUCGAGGUGUUGAAUUACAUAACCUCUGAUCCAGCUAUCCCAAUCAGUUUCCGGACUUGGGAAUUAUAUGAGUAUCCACUGCUACCAGCUACCAACAAGCAUAUUUGGGUAAUCAAAACAACCAACCAGCUUGAGAAACCUCGUUUUGUCAUCCUUGGAUUCCAAACAGCAAGAAAGAAUCAAUCGAAUCAAAACGCAAGCGAGUUUGAUCACUGCAGCAUAAGAGACAUUAAGCUGUUAUUGAACUCUCAGAGUUAUCCAUAUGGAAAUUUGAAUCUCAACAUUGUGCAUAAUCAGUAUGCCUUGAUGUAUGAUAUGUACACAAAUUUUCAAAGUGCUUACUAUGGGAAAGAAGCUGAACCGCUAUUGGCUAAGAAGAAUUUUCUGAAUACAGCACCUCUGUAUAUAAUUGACUGUUCCAAGCAGAACGAGUCAAUCAAGUCUGGACCUGUGGAUAUACGCCUGGAGUUUGAAUCGUCAGCACAGUUUCCAAAUCAAACUGCUGCUUACUGUUUAAUAAUACAUGAUCGCAUCAUUGAAUACAAUCCAAUCAGCAGCACUGUAAGAAAACUUACGUAG